CGUUGGGGGAAAAAAGCCGUAUGUUAGACAUCGGCUGACAUUUAUUGCCAAAUUGCAUUCAUUCCGCACGAUUUACCGCCGCGAAUUUGAAUCUUAUCAAAAAUUCGUCAUCGUUUGAUGGUCGAUCCGUUAAUUCGACCGUUUCCGCGAAAUCGACCAUCGUAUGUUUUUUUCGAUAGAUAAAGAUGCCAACUCGUCAGCAAUGUUUUGUUGCACAACAGUUGACAAACCCUUACUCCUACCAGCUAUUUUGGUCAGAUUAGUCGGUUAGUCAACGAUAACGUCAUCGUCAUUCGGAAUGACUACUUUAGGUAAAGCAGUUUACAUUUAAAGGGAAAUUAAAUUGUAUUUUCUUUUCAUUCGACCGUAGUUGUUGAUCGCGUUGAAUUAUCUGGAAUGCGCAGCCUUGGAUAAUGUAUCUUAAUGUGUGGGGGUUUUAUGUUUUGCGUUACUUGGAAAAUUCUCUGCGCCCAAGUGAUACAGGCACACAGUUAUAAAGAUAAGGCAAAUCGUUUUCGACGCUGGCCAGCCUUUGCCUACAUGUUCUCGUCUAGUUCCGUGGGUUGCAGUCGACCGGUUAGAAGCUCAAACACGUUUCCCCCCCGCGCUCACUUUGCCAAUCUCAAAUUGCAACGGCUUUAAAGAUUCGGCCAACGAAUCUGGUCAACGUUUUUUUUCUUUCUUCUCGCUAACGGCAUCAUGUUGCGAAACGGACAAAGAACGUACGGUGGGCCGCCGCCGAAUUGGACAGGGCCACCGCCCACUAAAGGCUCGGAAGUGUUUGUAGGUAAAAUUCCCCGUGAUCUGAUGGAGGAUGAGCUUUUGUCGAUAUUCGAGACGGUCGGCCCAGUGUUCGAGAUCCGUCUGAUGAUGGAUGGGGCUGCCGGGGGUAAUCGUGGUUUCGCUUUUGUAACCUUCACUACGCCAUCGGAUGCGGCCAAAGCCAUUCAGCAGCUCAAUCGCUACGAAAUUCGACCCCAUCGGUUCAUUGGUGUCCUCAGAUCUUUGGACAAUUGUCGGCUAUUCAUCGGGGGAAUACCCAACGAUAAAUCCAGAGAAGAUAUACGAGAAGAAAUGACGCGCCACACAGAUGGUGUCGUUGCCGUCAUCCUCUACAGUGCCAUUGCAGACAAGUCAAAGAACAGAGGCUUUGCUUUCGUCGAGUACGAAUCGCACCGCGCUGCUGCCAUUGCACGUAGGAAAUGCAUGACUGGACGAUUUCAGCUGUUUGAGAAAAGCGUGGCCGUUGACUGGGCAGAGCCAGAACCCACCGUAGAAGAGGAAAUUCUAUCUAAAGUGCGUGUCCUCUAUGUUCGCAAUCUUGUAGUGCUUACACCUGAAAAAAUAUUGGAAGAAUUAUUCAACGCCGCCAGUGACAAUGGGGUUGAGAAGGUGAAAGUGUUGAAGGAUUACGCCUUUGUUCAUUUAGCCAGCCGUUCACAAGCGCAACAAGCCAUGGAUUCCCUUCAAGAUCGGGAGCUGAAUGGUGCCAAGAUGCAAAUUACGUGGGCGAAACCAGUUGCGAGGAAGAACAAACAUUGUAUCGUACAAAGCAAAGCGGGCGCAUCUUGCACGACAGCGAGCCGGUCGAUGAGUCAUCGGGCACUUUACCCAGUGGCAGUUCCACACGUGUGGCCACACGUCCCUUUCACUCAUCCUGCCGCCAUUCAACCGCAUCUGAACGGUCUUCACGCGUUUCCGCCAUAUCCUCCCUAUCCGCACCAGAGUCUACCUUUUAACUACGUUAUGCCGGACCGCAAUCACAACCAAUUACCCGCAGAUUUGUUUUACACUGAUUCCCCACCGCAACUGACGUCAGCUUUCAUGCAUCAGCAGACAAGCGAUACAAAUUCGUCGCAACAACAGGUAAUUUCGCCGUGGAUGAACGGAGGAUACACUGACAACGUAAAGAUUCUCACAUUUUUGUGUCGAUUGCAUACUUUGGGUGAGCCAAUAUUUGAAAUCUCUGUUAGUGCAGACCAUCGUUAUGUUGCCAAGAUAAUUAUUCCUCGUCUUGGGCCGCCUUAUAACGUCUUUCAAGUCGCUGAGACGUAUGCAACGGAAAACGAGGCUCAACAAGCGAUUGCUGGAUGUGUGAUCAAUCAUGUGAACCAAGUGCUAUCCGCUUACGGGGAAAGUUCCCUGUGUUCCCGGAUGGAAAACUUUUCCCUGAAAGCUAACGGUUUCCCUGGAAACUAUAUUGCGUCGGUGUAGUUCAGGAGGAAAAAAAAAGGGGUACUCUGUUAUUCUUUGCCAAUUUACACUUACAACACGUUCUUAUGCCAUUACGUCAUUGUAUUGGUAGGUAGAAAACUUAGCCAUCUUUUUUUAUCAGCAACGUUGCGAAACAUGUUGGUUAUUUUGUCGACAUUUAGAGCGCUUCGUUCAACAACAAAAAACGGGAAAAAAGUGGUACAUUGAACCUGGCCAAACGGCUACCAGUUUACAUGGCGCUUUCUUUUAUUUUUUUAUAUGCAUUUUUGCUCUAUUUUUCUUAGCUAGUCUAAUGUGUUUCAUGUUUUCUUUUCACUUUUUGCUUCAAUGAUGUAUUACUGUUUGUAAAGCCAAUUUUGUCAUCCUAUCCUCAAUAGCCAAACACAGCCCUCUUAUACCAGUUUGUUAGGAAAUAAAAUGUGAAAACAA